AGCCCCCGGAGGAUCAGGAGCUGCCAGAGCAGCUGCGGGGCGCCGGGUAACGGCCGCUGUCGCCUCCUUUGCUUUGGGUCCCUUUCCCUUUCCCGUCCCGGGUACUCCUCCCGCCGCCCGCAGUGCCUAACCCUACGGCCAUGGAGACGCGUCGGGGCGGUGACCCCCUGCGGCGCGGGGUCCCGGACUCGCCGAAGCGAUGAGGGGGUAGGGGGCGCUACAGCUACCACCGGCUCGCCCUCCUGCCCUGCUCCUCCGCCCUCCCUCCUCGGCUGCGGACCCCUCCCACCCCAGGCUCCAGGCUUGGUCAUUCUCGGCCUCCCGCUCCGCCUCCAGCCCUGCCUUGGCGCAGUCGCUGCCCCGCCCCAUAGGGGGCGCUGCUGAGGAAGCUGUUGGUCCUCAUGCCAUCCCGCGGCUCCAAGCGGAGGAGCCCCUGAGAAAGACGAAGAGACUGGAGCUCCUGCUCGUCCUCCUGCGGCCCCCUUCUGCGCCCCACCUCCGGCCGUGCGCGUUUCCCAGCCUCCACCUUACCCACUCGCUCUCCAGAAUGUGGCAGAGCGUGGGGCUGACCCUGCUGGUGAUCGUGGCCACGCUGCUCUGCGUCCUGCUCUUCAUGCUGUGCGGUUGGUAUGUCGUUUGGCAUCUGUUUUUGUCCAAAUUCAAGUUCCUCAGAGAGCUAAUAGGAGACACAGGAUCCCAACAGGGAGAUAACGAGCCUUCAGAGUCUGAAGCAGAGCCGGAGUCUCCACCCACUCCCCAGAGGAUGAGACCCAAAUCUGUCUGGCAUCGGAGGCCACCUGUAGAAGAAACCUCAACCUAACAUAGCAGCACCUGGGGCAUUUCUCCUUAAGAAAUGAUGAAAGGUGGUUGCUUCUGUGUGACUCAAUGGUUUUAAGAUUUACUGAGAUUCUGACUAAAGAACUUAUAUUCUUGGAUUUUAAAUGCAUAACUAUUUUAGGCAUCUAGAAGAGGUUUGCAUGAAAGCCAUAUAGAAAUAAAGGGAAUAAAAACCAAACUAGACCAUUGCAAGUUUUUCCAUCUUAAAAAGUAGUACCACUUCCUGGUUCUUUGAUUUAUUUUCCUUCUACUGGUCUAUGAUAAAUGUAAAAGCAGUAGUUUUCUUUAUAGCACAGAAAUUAUUUAUUAGCAAACUUGGUUUGACCCUUUGUUGAUUUCUCUUCUUAAAAUAUAUUUGUUUCUAUGUGAUUUGUUCAAAAAUCCAUGAUCAGCUGAAUGGGAUUUCUUAGAAAGAGGUUUCAUCACUCUUUUAUAUAGAAGGACUUAGUGCUAAAUUCAUUAGUUGUGUGGAGAUAUAGUCCUUAAAAUUUAGUGAGAUGAUUGCAAAGGUCUUUUUUUUUUUAUUUGAGAGAGAAAAGAGGGUUAGAUUAUGGUAGAGUUAAAACUUGCAUACAUGUACAAUGAUUUGUUGUUAGACUUCCAUGUUUGUCUUAGAACUUCAGACAUGGUGUUUGCCAGAGAUAAAAAGAUUUAUGGGUUAAUUAUCUUCACUGUUCAUUUUCCUCAAUUAUUACUUGCCUCUUUCAAGUACUAAUAACAUAUCCACCCCACUAUAUAAUAUCUAAGUAUUUUUUGCAUUAUAUAUUUGGUACCAAAUAUCUUUUUUUCUUGUUCCUGUCAAACUAGUUAUCUUAAAUUUUUACAGAACUUCGUAUACCCCACUUUAAUCUUUUAUAGUAUUAUGUAAUCAUUUUGGGUAGUUCAUGUUUCAUGAUGGUGGUAUACUUGUUUAAUGGUGCAGUUAAUGCUUCCUGAAUUUUUCCUAUUGCAUAUGAGUUUUAUCAGUGUAACUGAUUAAAUUUUUUAUUGUGGCUAUUCAGGAAUUCUGAAAAAAAAUUGAUCCAAAGACCAUAAUUUUUUAUUUUUUUGCCCCACAUUUUGUGGGGAAAGAUUAACCUUAGAAUUUAUGUUUUAGGACAAUCUGUCUUGUGCUUGCUUUUUUAAAUAAUCCCUUGGUUGAAUUUUUACUUUUGUGUUACUGGUGUCAAAACACUGUUUCUGAACAGGUAAACAUAUAAAUCAUUAAUCCUGAAUUUGUGGGGUGACUUGUGUAAAGCAUAAGGGAAACUAAUGUAAUCACCUGAAUAGAUCCAUAGUUCUGAGAAAAGAACAAUCCAGUUGAAAAUUUUGUAGUUAAAUUAUAAUAACUAGAUUCUUCAUUAGAACCUGUGCUGACCGUACUUAGCUGAGAAACACUAAAUGACUAGUAGCCUUCUUUUUGUGCCAGUGUUAUUGUAGAAUGAAUAUCUUUUGACUCUUCCCUGAAAAUUAUAGAAGAAUGAUCAUUCCAAAAUAAUUGCUUCCAUGUCAAGUAUUUUUUUGGGACAGGAAGAAAAGAAUGGCAAGGGAGGGUGCUAUGUUCUGACGCUCAUGCUACAACUUUGCUUCAUUUUGGCAGGGUUAUAAUUUUCAGGAAAUUUUGUACUUAACCUUUUUUAUAUUGGGUUAGGAGAGAAUCCCCCAAAACAUGGAUAACUCUUGCCCCACUCAUUAAGUCAUAGUAUCUGAAUUGAUCUUACUACCUGUUCUACUUUUGGGCCAACUCUGUUAUUAGGAGGCUUAUCCUUCAGUUAGCCAGUAUCUAGUUUGUCAAUAUAAUUUUGUGGAAAAGGAAUCACUGAUCUUGGUAAUAUAAAAUUCCUCUAGCUAUAAACUGACAUUGAUUGGUUUGUUAAUUCAAGAUGUUAGAUUCCCACAUUUCUGAGGUCACAGUGUAGCUUAAUUGAGUUUUCCUAGUUUUUUUCAUGAUAAGUGAACCUUUUCUCUCCAGGGCUGUCCAUUUUUAAAGGAAGUAUCACACUUCCAUAUUAUAUUAUAUCAUAUUAUACUUUUAGCCUUCAGAACACAUAUUUCUAGCCAUAUUCUUAAAUGGAAUAGAAAGAGAAAUGGAUGGCAAAUCCUAUAUCCUUAGUGGAGUAAUAACUUCUAUUUUCUUAUUCUGUUGGCAAUUCUUUUUUAUCUGAAUAACGCACCCCCUUUACUAUACCUUCUAAUCUUUUAAGAAGAGCAUUAGGAAUAGCUCAUAAUCAUUUUUAAGUUUCAGAAGUUUUAUUGCUGUAAAAUAUGUAAAUCAGAAUAUUACUUCAUUAGUUGAAUUCUUGUAUGCUUAGCAUGAUGGUGACCUUGACCUUCAAUUUAUGAGAAAGCGGAUGCUGAUUCUAGAACUGAAUACUUAUUUUAAUCAAGUGUAUAGUACUAUGGAAAGUAAUUCUCUAGUUCAGAGUUCAAGCUUUGUUUCUCUUCCUUCUACCUAAGAGGAUAUGUGUAGCUUUGUAGAUUGCAGUCAUUUGAAUGAAGAUUAGCCAAAUCAGUUGCAAUGCUGUGAACUAGAUGCCGAUAACACUAAUCCUUUGAAUAACACUGUUAAAUAAUGCUCUUGAUCUUUAUAGUAAGCUAAUGUUAGUAUUCAUAGAAUUUGAAAUCUUUCUAAUGAAUUUGAUAAUGAAGAUGGAAAUGCAUUAUGGGAAUAUGAGAGAGAACCAGUUCAGAGACUUUUGGCCAGUGUCCUAUGAUACCUAACUGUAAUGGACUGCUAUGUAAGUUCACAAAAACCUGUCAAGGUUCUGUUUUAGUAAAAGUAUAGAACUUCAUGAGGUCUGAGUUCUGAAAACAUACUACCCUUUUAGAAUAUUUUGACAUUUUUACCAACGUACAUUUUGUAAAAUGCAAAACAUAGCUCAUCUUUUUAUUUUUAACAAAAGAAAAAUCUUAAACACAAAUCAUUUAAAUUAAUGAUAUAAUCUUUAAAAAGUAGCAUUUGUCUUAAAAAAAUAUGCCUUAGUGUCAUACCCCAUUUAGUGAAUGUAACUUUAGAUUUUUGUUUGCCAGACUUCAGAUAUUUCCUUAUUUGAAGUUGCCUCUUAAUAAAGUGAACAGCAAUCACAAUACAUACUGUACAAAGCAGUUAUUGGAAUAGGUUUUUGCUAUGAAGUCUAGCCUAAACACUGGGUAUUGUCUGCUUUCAAUAAUUAGAUAAAUUAUGGUUUUGAACCUAGAAAGCAUAAAGAGUUUAAUUCUCUUUUAAAUCUAUUAGUAGAGGGUUUAAAAAAAAUGUGUUAACAAGCACUUGCUGACUUUUAUUUUAUGGUGAAUGUUUAACAUAUAUCCAAAAGCUUAAUUCUAUGCAGCUCAUUCACCAAAUACUGCUGCUGUGGCUACUUACAGUAAAUACUGUGUGAUGUGCUGCAAAACAUUGUCAACUUGCUGCUUGAUGUUAGGUUUACAUUGAAUUAGACUUGUGUUAUUAUAGUACUUUUUUGUACAAAGAUAUAUCCUAUCUUUUGGAGAUGUUGAGGAAUGUGUAUAAGUGGUUAUUUUGCCUCUUCAGUGUUCAAAGUGAUAACUGUUAGAUAUUGUACCUGAUACUUUUGUGGUUUGUCUUUAUCAUCAUGUUUCUUUCAACUGUUUCAUUUUAAACUGACUUUACAUAAAAUAAAUAAAAAUGGAAAGCAACUAAAUAAUGUAGAUGUCUAACAUCCUUAAGGUA